AUGCCUUCGAUCCAUCGCAGGUGCGGCCCGUCCAAGAUACAAUGGUUGGAGCAGAAUUCCAUGAAAAACGGAUUCAAGCCCGGGGUGCACGAAAAGUACGGGCUGUAUGUGGGCAACUGGGAAUACGACACGAAACAAGGAAAAGGAAAAAAGUCUUACAAGAACAAAACAGUUUACGAGGGAGAUUGGGUCGCAAACAAAAGACAUGGUUUUGGCGUACUGACGAAGAAAGUCGAUGACCAUUUUGUAUACGUUUACGAAGGACAAUGGAUCAAUAACCGAUUCGCUAAAGGCAAAUGGUACGAAGAGGGCGGCAUUUACGAUGGUAGCUUUUCGACGGCCGGUAACAGAAUAAAAUGCGGUUACGGGACCAUGCGGUGGAACGACGGUGCCGUAUACCGAGGUCAUUGGCGAAACAACGAAUACGACGGCCGAGGAAGACUCACAGAAGUGAACGGUAACGUUUACGAUGGACUAUGGAGAAAUGGUUUGAGACACGGUGAAGGCGUGUACGUGUUCAAAGACAAAGGUCAAUUUAUGGAGGGCGUUUGGAUUGGUGGAGAGCUGAAACUCAGCACCGUCAGAUAUGUCGACGAACCGGACAUUGCUCGAACACAUUAUUUGAUGCCUGAGAUUUCCAAAUCUGACGAGAAAAGUAUACGAGAAGCGUACGAGUACACGAAAUCGGAAACGCUCAAAAACCUGUGA